AUGCCGCGCCGAUCUGGCGCCUCCACCAUCGCGCGCAAGCCGUCCGGCCUAGCGGUGACAAUCUUGGGCCUCGUCGUGCUAGCCGUGGCGACCGUGCGGGUCGACCCUCCGCCGGUGCUUCCGUUGCGUCUGAGCGGUGGCGACGCGGCGCAGUGCCAUGCGCGGUACCACUCCGAGUACGAUGGCGUCGCGGUGGUGUGGGGCGACAAGAACGUCGUUGCCGACGCCGCUGCUUGCUGCGCGUCGUGCGAGGCCCACGCGACGGCGGCGACGGCAGAGGGCCGGACGGCGUGCAACGCGUGGGUCUUUUGCGGCGACGCGAAGGCGUGCGGCAGCAAGCUCGGCCACUGCUGGCUCAAGCACACGCAGGACCCGUCGCUGCCCGGCCACGCGUCGCACAUGACCGCGCCUCCCUCGACCGAGCCCUCCUUCUCGUACCCUCUCCCGCUCACCGACCCAGAAGUCAACCUCGGGCCGUCUGGCCACCUCGACCGGCGGGCAGACGGCUACUUCCACCUCGGAGACCUGACACUCCGCGCCGCGGCGGGCGACGGCGCCCUCGCCGAUUGCGCCUCGGUCGGCGCCGGCGCAGUCCAGGCGGCGGCUCAAGGCGCGGCUCGCGAGGGCGGCGCGGCGGCGGGCAGCGGCGAGCUGUGGAGGCACGUGAGGCGGGUGCCGUUGCUGCGAGGCGCCGGCCGCGCCGGCAGGGGCGAGUGCCCGCUCUCUGCCUCCGGCCUCGAGGUCGAGCGGCAGGUUGUGGCCGAGGAGGCGAGGGCCGGAGGAGCCGUGGUGCUGCGGCUGCGGCUGUCCAACCGCGGUUCGAAGCCGAUCAAGGUGGCGUCGCUCGGCCUGGCGAUGCCCUUUGACCAGGACUUUGUGGGGCGGACGCUGCCGCAGGUGGCGGCCUCGUGCUCCUUCGUCGAGCCUUUCCUCGGCUUGGGCGGCGGCUACGUGCAGGUGACGCGCGCGACUGGGCGCGGGCCGGUGCUGCUGCUGCUCCCCGAGGCGGGGACCGUGCUCGAGGCGUGGAGGCCGUACCGGCACGAGGACCUGAUGCGGCUCGACUUUAUGUAUGAGAACACGCACGAGCUGAUGCUGCACACGGCCGGCCACGCGGCGCGCGAGUGGCGCAGCGCGAGCCCGUGGAACACGCCGAGCGAGGCGACUCUGCCGCCCGGCGGGGAGGCGACCUACGGACUCCGACUCGUCCUCUCGCCGAGCCUCGAGGCGGUCGAGGCGACGCUCCUUGCCGCCGGGCGCCCCGCCAGCCUCGUGCUCCGCGUCCCCACCCGCCUCCCCGCCGGAGCUGACCCAACCCGCCUCGCGCCGGCCCUCGCUGCGGAGCCCGCGUCCGCCCUCGAGGCGACGCUCACGCACGCGCGCGUCGCGCCGCUGCAGCCCGCGCACACGGACGCCGGCCCCUUGGUCGCCGCAAGCGAGGCGGUCCUGCGCUACAGCCUCGUGCCCCGCUCGUCGCCCGAGGACCGUCGCGUUCGCCUCUCGGUGGCGCUUCCCGCCGAGCUGCUGCCGCCGCGCCGCGGCUCGCCCCUUGCAAUGAGCAUCCACUUGCACGUGGCGCCGCCCGCCUCCGAGCUCGUGGGCGCGCUCGGCGAGCACGGCGCGGCGAAGGGAUACUUGCCGCUCGGCACCCCCGACCCGUGGCACCGCGACGGCGCCUUCUUCGGCUGGGACGCGAGGCGCGGCGAGCGGGCGGGCGCCGCGGCCGGCGUGGCCAUGGCGGUCAAGCAGCUCUGCUGGCGCCGGCCGGCCGCGCACCUCGCAUGCGCAUGA